GAGUGCGCUCGGAUCAGAAGCUGCGGACGCACGCCGGCACAUGGACGCGCUGUGAUUAUUCUGAUCCUGAUUUUCCUCUUUUCUUUGCGGGAUCUUCUCUGCACCGCGUCCGUCUCUGCGGGGGGACUUCUCCUGCGUGGUUUUUCUGGGCUGGUGCGUGUCUGGGAGUGUGCGUGUUUUUCCCACUGGAACCAGCACACGCACGCUUCCAUCGCAGCCUUUGUAUGAGAUGAGGCUGGAUUAGUGGAUCCGCUGCUCGGCUCGACCGGGACCGAGGAGGCUCACUGAAAGUUGCGUGGUUCCUGGGAGGUGUGGGGGGGCCGGGAUGUCUCGGGUGGAUUACACUGCGCCCUGGUGGACCUACUGGCUGCACAACUUCCCCCACAUCAACCUGAGGUUCCAGCCCAUCGACAACAGCUUCCAGCCCGAGGAGGAGAACUACCAGCAGUCUCUGAUAUUCCUGGCGUGCGUGGUGGCCGCAGGACUCGGCGUCAACCUCCUCUGCCUCGCCAUCUACCUGAGCUGUUUGUGCUGCUGCCGCAAAGAUGAGGAGGAGGAGAGCAAGAAGACCAACUCCUGCUGCGUCACCUGGUCGGCCGUGGCAGCCGGCCUCAUCACAUGCGUCGCAGUGGGUGUGGGUUUCUACGGCAACAGUGAGACCAACGACGGAGUCUACCAGUUGACCUACUCCUUGUACAACGCCAAUCACACGCUGGGCGGCGUGGACAGUCUCGUCACCGGCACCAUGGGCAGCAUGAGGAGCGGCCUGCACCAGCACCUCGCCCGGCUGGACGAGAUCUUCGCCACACGCGGUGACUUUGUGCAGACGCUGCAGUUCAUGCAGCAGAUGGCUGACAAUGUGAUCAAACAGCUGCUGGGCCUGCCCGACUGGGAGGCGGCCAAAGUGGACCUGGCAUCCAUCGCUGAUCAAACGGCCAUCGUGGAGUACUACAGAUGGCUCACCUACCUGCUGCUGCUCAUCCUGGACCUGGUCAUCUGCCUGCUGGCCUGUCUGGGUCUGGCCAAGCAGUCUCGCUGGCUGCUCACCACGAUGAUGGUGUUCGGCGUGCUGACGCUGGUGCUGAGCUGGACGUCUCUGGGAGCUGACCUGGCCACUGCUGUGGGCACGAGUGAUUUCUGUGUUUCCCCCGACAAGUUCGUCAUGAGCCAGACGAAGAGCAUCAUCCCUGCUGAUAUCGUUCAUUAUUAUCUUUACUGCAACCAGACGCUCUCCAACCCUUUCCAGCAGCCCCUGACCAUCUUCCAGAGGUCCCUGACCACCAUGCAGAUCCAGAUCCAGAGUCUGCUGCAGUUUGCUGUUCCUCUGUUCCCUUCAGCUGAGAGAGACCUGCUGGGAAUCCAGAAUGUGCUGAACUCCUCUGAGGCCAGCCUGCACCAGCUGACCGCCCUGCUGGACUGCAGGGGGCUCAACAAGGACUACCUGGAUGCGAUGGUGGGGGUGUGCCACGACGGCGUGGAGGGCGUGCUCUACCUCUGCCUCUUCUCCGUGCUUGCAGCCUGCGCCUUCACUGUCAUGCUGUGUGCCAUUCCCAGGGCGUGGAGACAAAUAGCCAGCAGGGAACAGGACUACGACGACAUUGACGAGGAGGACCCGUUCAACCCCCGGACGAGGAGGAUCAUCUCCCAGAACCCGAACCUCCCCAACAUGCACACCUUCUGCAGCUACACCAGCAGCAUGGGCAGCCAGAGCAGCCUGCACCCCCCCGCCCCGGCCGUGGCCGCCGCCCCUACGUCCGAGUACAUGAACCAGGCGGCUCUGUUCGGGGGAAAUCCUCGCUACGAGAACGUGCCGCUGAUAGGACGCGGAUCUCCGCCCCCUUCGUACUCGCCGAGUAUGAGGGCCACCUACCUGUCCAUGACCGAGGAGCAGAUUAGACACUUUGGAAACGACUUCCAAGCAUAGACUUCUUAAACUGCCCCUGGAGGAAGACGCCAUCACACACAUUAACACACACACACACACAUACACACACUCGACAGGAGGAGUGUGUCCAAGCAUCACAAAGACAGGACAACAUCAGAACCAUAUCUGUGCUGUUCUUCUCGUAAAAUGACUCAUCUCAGUUUUUCUGCCCCAAGUCGAACUUUACCUGCUCUUGAUCUGUUUUGUGCUCCGUGGGAAAACUGUCAAGUUUUGAAAUAUGAACUGAAUAGAACAUCCUUGUUUGUCAGGCAAGGGGGGGGGGGAUGAGUUCAAUAUGCAGCUGAUUAAACCUUGGCCAAGGCCCAACAGUCGAGUCCAGCUGCACCUUUAUUCCACACACUCGUAUAUAUCAGUUCCCUUAAUGUGCCUGUUUCUUUUUUUCAUCCACAUCAAUAAAUGACUCCCUGCAAAAAGCGUUUUUUGGGAAAAUGUAGAAAAAUGUCCCAUAUCACAAUUUUAGAGAAAGUGAUCGGCACCAGAAUUUAAUAAGUUCCUCCCUCACACAUUCUGCAUCCUUCCACCAAUUUUGGUUGAAAUCCAUUCAGUACUUUUUGUGUAUUAUUGUGUGUAAUAUUGUUCAGAACCACACAAACAAAUGCAUAAAAAUGAUAACAUCUACAAAUAGUCAAACUAAGACACAGAUUAAAACACAUAAAAACACUCUGGAAUCAAUAGCUAAAUUGAUUAUGAAAAAAUGUGGACGGGGGUGAAACAUAACCUCGAAACAUGUCCCAGUUUGAUUUAUCUGCUCUUCACGGAAUAAUUUCCCUUCACACCUUUGAAAAGAAGGUUUGUUUCACUUCUGACAACGUUCAGGUCAGUGAAGAAGGAAAAUAUGAAACACACGUUCUGUGUUUUCUACAUGUUUCGCUUCAUGCUUGAUAAACAUGUGAAACACCACGACCUCUGUAAAUAAAAGCAAAUGUCCAAUAACAGACUGUUGUCUUUUACUCUGAUUUGAUUUUGUUUUUAAACAAACGUGCCAAUUUUUUAAAUAUUUUUUCUAAUUUUGUGUGGCAGCGUCACAUAGGAUUUUUUUUUUCUAAAGAGCCAUUAAUCCAUAUCGUCUUUUCGGUCUAACUCGAUGAAGUUGUCAUUUCUGCUGUAGUUUGGAAGCCGCGCUGCACUAACUGUCAUUAAUGAGAAUAUUCAGGUCAUUUUCUUUUUCCUCAGUACGCGGUUGGGACGACUAACAGUAGAGAUUUAAAGCAUUAGUCUUGAUUUGUGUCUUUCAGCAUGUUUCACUGUACAGGCACUGAGUGGUGCUGCCGUCUGUGGGGGGGGCCCAGACUCAGGGGCCCAACUGUGAGUUCAAUAAACCUGUUUUUUUGAGUA